AUGGGAGUGCAAAUACCCUCCAACAUGCCCCAUCCCGAGCACAGCCGUGAUGUUGCUGUCAAGGCUGAGUCGGGCUGGGCCGGUGAUGGCGAGCCCACUUUUGAAAACGAGGAGCAGGAAUUGGCGUCCGACGCCUACAUCAGGUCCUUUGCUCGGGAGGGGCGAGCACUGCUGGGUCUGGGACGGAGCAGGGAAGCGGUGACGGCCUUCGAGGCCGGCCUGAGGGCUGACCCCCUCGACCCAGGGCUGAGGGCCGGCCUGCAGAGCGCCCAGCAGCGCCUGGCAGAGGAGGCCCUGGCUGGCGGGGGCCAGGUUCUCAAAGCCCUGACCUACCCAGAGCCCAAGCAGCGCAUCGCCUACCACCCGGCCUCCGCGCCGCUGCACCGCAUCAAGACGGACGACAUGCUCCCUCUGCGCCUGCUCACCCCCUUCCAGGCCGAGAACGACCACGCCAUCAAGGACACCGUCAACUACGUGACAGUCCAGACAGACAUCCGCAUGCCGAGGAGGCACAUCAAGCUGCUGGAGGACUCGUACUGCCUGUCCCGCCUCCAGGCCGGCGUCCGGUCGGCGGUGGAGGCCAUCUCCGCCGGCGGCGAGCGCGACGUCCGCGUGAUUGACCUGGCGGCGGGCGCCGGGGUACUGGCGGCCACCGCCCUCGCCGCCGGCGCCCGCCACGUGACGGCCGUGGAGCGAUGGCUCUACCUGGCGCUCACCGCCAAGGAGAUCCUGGACGCCAAUGGGUUCCACGAGGACCGAGUGAGAGUGGUGUACAAGCGGCCGACGGACCUGCAGCUGGUCAAGGAUGUGCCCGUCUGCGCAAACCUGAUCCUGGCCCCCCUCCUGCUGGAUGAAGGCCUGCUGAGCAGCGGCCUCAUCCCCUCCGUCCAGCACGUGCUUUCCACUCUGGCCACCGCCGACGCUCUGGUCCUGCCCGCCUCGGCCACGGUGUGGGUGCAGGCCGUGGAGGUGGCGACGGGCCGCGUGGCGGGGCUGAACAUGCAGGCCGCCGACGCGCGGCGCUGGGCCCCGGCGUACCUCGCCGAAGGGCGGCGCGGGGAAGCAGGCGCCGCGGUGCGCGCGCUGAGCCGCCCGCGCGAGGCAUGGCACUUUGACCUGGCGGCGCCGCCGACGCACACCGCCGCGCAGACGCUGGACCUGGAGUUUGAGGGACCCGGGCGCUGGAACGCGGUGCGCUUCUGGUUUGACCUGCGCCUGCACGGCGACGCCACGCUUUCCACCGGCCCCGACGCAGCGGCCGCCGGGCUGCGCUGCCUGGGGCCCGGCCUGCAGUACCUCCAGGGCGCGAUCGAGGUGCUGCAGGGAGACACCCACCCGCUGCUGGCCACGCACAACACGGUGCGCAUGCGCUUCGACGUGGAGGACGCGGCGUACGCGGCGACCGCGCGGCGCGACGCCGCCUUCCCCCCGCGCCACCUGGCUAUGCUGGCAGACGGGGGUAAGUACGAGGCGUACGCCCGCGCGCUGCGCCGCGCGGCGGCGCGCCUGGCUGCAAGGGACGGCGAGGUGCAUGCGCUGGACGCGGGGACAGGGGCGGGCGCGCUCGCGAUCCUGGCGGCGAAGGUGGGGGCCACCUCCGUGGUGGCGGUGGACCUGCACGAGCCCCUGGCGGACCUGGCACGCCAGACAGUGGCUGCCAACUGCGUGUCGGACCGGGUGUCGGUGGUGCACCGCGACAUCGCCUGCCUGCAACGAGGGCGGGACGUGCGGGCGCUGGGGGUCAACCUGGUGGUCGCCGACCUCUUCGAUGCCGGCCUGUUGGGCGACGGCGUGCAGUACCUUCUAGACAUGGCGAGAAAGAGGGUGAUGCAGCCCGGCGCGAUCACGGUCCCCGCCGCCGCCACGGUGUACUGCAUUGGCAUCGAGGCCUGCAUUGCCUCUGCGGGCGGCUUCGAUGUCUCGCUCAUCAACAAGUACCGCUGGGACGAUGCGCCCCAGAACAUCAGGCUUUCCGACUUUCCUCACCGGGUGCUCACCCGGCCGGCCAAGGCCGCAGAGUUUUUUUUCGACGGCGAGAAGAGGGGCCGUGUCAGGGACACGAUGUUGAAGCUUGAGGUCGUCGCCCCUGGGAACAUGAAUGCCAUCGUCUACUGGUUUGAUCUUCACCUGGAUGAUGUGGAGACUCUCUCGAACGCGCCUCCUGGUGUACUUGAUAAGGCAGGUUCAGAGUCGGUCCAGCCCACAGAGCCGCGAUCAGGAGAGGACCAGCCUCCUUCGGACUUUGAGCCUGCGCCGACCUUCCAAGGACGUCGCCCAGGCUGGAUCUAUGGCACUGCCAAAAUGGGAACGGGCUACUAUCGCGAGCGGGAUUCUGUUGCCACAACAGAGGAGCGGGAUGAUGGAGGUGCAGCAAGCAGCUCCCAGGCUGCUGACCCCGCCGAGUCCCGGGCCUGCGCCGAGGCGGCGCCAAAGGACGCAGCCGCUGACCCUGAGGCCUCGGCCGCCGAGCCCCCUCACUACUGGGGCCAGGCCAUGCAGACCCUGGACUUUUGCGUGGCCGUGAGGCCCGGCAAGACCGUGAGCGUGGUGGUCAGGCGCGAGCCCAGCAGGCUCAACUUUGCGCUGAGGCAGGGCGUGGGGGAGGAGGUCGCGCGGCCGCCCUGGAAGGAGCAGUGGGGGGGCGGCGCAUCUGUGGAGAAUCCGCACGUCCAGCGUGUGCACUACUGCGAACUCCUGGUGCGCGACUUCCUGAUGCGCGUCAAGUCGCGCCGCUUCCCUCCCAUCGAGGAAGACAUGCGCAUGGUGCUGGCGCAUUGUGGGUCCCUGAUUCUGGACACCGCAGCCCUGCAGCAGGUUUACCACGAGCUCGUGGUGCUGGAGAAGAUCAACCAGACCCCAGAGUUCUCGCCGGGGGCCACUCUGGAGGCCAUCACCAGGCCUGCCCUGGAGUUGGGCUGA